AUUUUUGCCUAACACAACUAUAAUGGCUGCCGUUUCUGAAUUUCGUCUUCUUCAAUUGCCUGAAAGAGCUCAACGAAUUUCACUCUCGCACAUGAGUUAUAAUUCAAUAUUCUCACUCUCCCUGUGCUCCACAAAAAAAAACAAAAGACCUCGUUCGAAAUUUCAAUAUAAAGUUCUAUCGAUUUUCUUUAGAAAUAUUUGGCGACAUUGCUCUGAUUAUUAGCUGCGAAAACAGUCAAAUCGAUUUUAGUCUAAUUCAUUGAGCAGUAAAAAAACGUUACACCAGGAUGAUGUGCUACGAAAAACGUUAGAUUUUUUGCAAAUAGAGUGGAGAGUUUUGUAUGGAAACGACCAAACUUGACAUUUAGAAAUUGGAUAGAUCACUUUCUCAAUAUUCUAAAUAUUUCAACUUUGAAUGUUAUAAUGGCAAAGAGAAAUGUUCAUGUUGAUUUUGAAGAUCUUAAUAGUUGUUUAGAAGGAGUACCUAUACGAACGCUCACCUAUGAAGGUAUUGAAAUAACUUCAGAUAGAAUUAAUCGAAAGCAUCCCGUUAGUGAUACAUUUUUAUCAAAAGCGGGGUUUCUUGAUUUUUAUAAUUGCACGUAUAAAAGCUCACAGUUCAUUCACAAGUUUCUCAUUCAUAAUACUACGACGGUAUUCACUCGUGGAGUGCCGCGAUAUAACCUGAAUGAUUUGCUGGUGUCUAAUGGCCAAAAAAUUUACGUUCAAGUCGGUAGAGGCAUCAUUUUUUUGGAAAAAGAUGUCAAUAAAUUUUUAAAGCAUUGGAUACGUGGGUCCAAUAGAGAACUUAAAUCAUUGGCAUUCAGAGCUCCGAUGAAUAUGGAAAUAGAACAUGCUAUAGAAACAAUAUUAAAAGGAAUAUGUUACAAGGAUGCACGAGAAGAAGAUGCAGCUUCUAUUAAACUGGUUCACAUCUGCAAUGGAAAUACCUUUAAACAUCCAAUAAUCAAAAUAAGUGGUUUUCGUAUUAAACGAUUCGAUGGAACAAAUGCAACAGUUGUAAUCAGAUUAUUAAAUGCAAAUAGUGUAUGUUGUAAUGUUGAUAUGUUUGUUUCCUAGAUUCUUGUUUUAAUGCACUCUCAUUAAUUGUACUUUUUAUGAACACAUAUUUAUACUCACUUUCCCUCUGACUCUGUCCCCUCCGAGGCACUGUCCCUUUGACCGCUAUUUUUUGCUGCUUACCUUUCUUUGUUUCCUUUCUUUUCACUCAUGGGACGAAAUAAAUAAU